UUGCAACAUGACUAUGAAAACAAGCUGGCAGCACUGCUACUACAGUUGUAAAUCAGCUGUGCCGUCUCAGUCUCGGCUGGUGCUAAAAAAGUUGGUUAGUUUUUGUUUGCAUUUGGCGCGCAAUGAUUAAUACGGCGAAAUAUUUUGCUUUGCUGGAGAAUUUAAGCUUAGAGCAUGCAUUGGCGAAUGAAAAUAAGAAGGAAAACACGACACAGGCAACGUCGCAGUGUCUCAGUGAGAAUUUGAGGCACUUGGAGACAUAUGUUAAAAUUGAUGUCCCACACCAAUUGGAGGAAUUGUGCAUCGCACUGGAAUUAACAGAGGAAUGGGCUGCAACAGUAGACAUUGAGAAUACUACAAAUUGUUAUAUAGUUCGACUGCUGCACGUGCUGCACACGCUGAACAGCAACAUAAAUUUCCACAGUGAUGCCAAAGAGGAUCUAAUAUCGGUGGCGCAUCUAAAACUCUGCAUCCAGGCGACACAGGAGUUGUCCUAUUAUGCGCUGCGCUCCCAGUUGCACCAUGAUUUCUAUAAAUCACCCGUAUUCAAGGAGGCACAGUGCAACAGGGAUCCUUCGAGCCAAUCCCAAUCCCUGUUGUUGCUAAGUAUUCAGUUCUUCAUUCGUUUUCUGCCCGUUCGUCAGUUGCAUAUAGCUAAUGCCAUGGAGCUGGUGCAGCGGGAUCUUCUGGCAGCUAUAAUGAGUCUGCGUAUACAGCAGCCGCCGUCGGAGCAACUUGCUCAGCUGGACGCCGCGAUUACAUAUUUGUGGGAUAACGAAUCAAAAGCGGAUUUCUUUCGUCAUGUGCUGCUGCUCAAGGCGACUCCGAAUCUGUGUGUUCCGCUGGCCAAGGAAUUGCACCAGCAGCUGUUGUCCAAAUUAUCCUCGCCACACGGAUUUUCUAGCCUGGUAGCUGCUCUACAAGCUGCUGCUCAAGAUUUGGACCCCACACGCAGCUCGGAGAUUGUGGCCAACAUUGUGGCUCAACGUGGAUACUCGGCGAGGUUGCAGCAGCGUUUGAUCGGCCAAAUCUUUGACUUCUGUCGCCUGCAAUUGCCGGACGUAAACAGCUUGAUUUGUGGUGUGCUGAGCCUGCGACGUCUUUACGAGUUGAAUGAAUCCAAUCGCCAGAAUAUCCAACAGAUACUAGCUUUCAAUUGGCAGCCACUGACGGAACCAAGUGACUUGAUCAAUGGUCUCAUCAUCUGGGAGCAGGAGGAGCUAAGCGAACGGAUUCGUCUCUGGCAGCAACUCUUCUGCAGCUCCAGCGUGGCGUGCCUGCCCAGCUGUGUGCUGGUUUCGUACUUGCCACUACUAUUGCAACUGUAUCAGCAGUUGCCUGAAGCUCUUCCGGAGCGGCAAUCAUUGGCAGCCCUUAUCUCCCGUUGCCUAGACAACCGAGAAACUCUUGAGGAGCUGCCGGAAUUGUUGCGACGUCUCUUUAGCUGGCAAGUGGAUGGAAAUCCUCCUUGGAAAUCGCUACAUCAACGCAUCUUCAUCGAUGUCCACACGAAUCUGUUAACAGUCAAGGUGACAAAUGCAGAUCGGGAGCUUGCUUCAAGUCGCGCACUGUCCUUAUUGCUGAUGUCCGGCAACAAUCAUACGCUCACCUGCAAAGUGUUUCUCUCCUUGCUCCGUUUUAUGGUGCAAGAGUUGUCGGAACCAACAAUUGUCCAAAAAUCAGCCACUGAUUUGUUGUCCACGGAAACGGAGCUGGCGGAGUUUCUACAUGGAAAGUAUCAACUGAAGCUGGAGCUGCUUGUGGCGCUGGAUCAGCUGGUGUGGCAUGAGCCGCUCAAGGCGCAACUGGCGGAGACGAACAGCAAACAGUUUAUACAACUGGUAACAGAGCUAUUGGAACAACGUCUGGCUGGGAAUCUGGAGGCAGUCGAUCAGACGCUGGUUGUCAUCCUGAUGCUGCUACAGGAGAUUCUGGAGCGCAGCGAGCACUUGCAGCUGGCGGAGAGCACGCGUCGCCUGGAACAACCACUGCAACAAUUGGCAUCGCAAUCAGUUAAUCAAUUGGUCAAGAAUGCGACGAUCCCGUUGCUAAGUCUGCUCAGUGGCAAGGCGAAUCCUGGCCAGCCAACGGGAAGAGCAUUUCAAACGGCACGUGAGCUGAUUGAGCAGCGACAACCACAUCUCCAGGUGUAUGGCAUUCAGAUGAUGUUGGAGGCGCUGCGUAACAAGGAUCCCGCAUUCACAUCUCAAUGUCACCGCAUCCUGGCACUGGCAUUGAGCACACUGAAGAGCAAGGAGUCCUACACGUUUCUCAACUGUGUGCGCCUGUUUGUCCAGCUGGUGCACAUCAUGGAGUCCGAGGUGCUGGACAUGCUCGGCGAUGAGUAUCUGUCGGAGACAGCGGAGCUCGACUAUCGCCUCGUUGUGGGCGAGGCUAUUCUGAAGGCAGCUCAGGAGAUAGGUCCAUUAUGCUAUCGCUAUAAGGGAGUUCUCUUCAAUUGCUUCCUACACGGCGCUCGUUCACCUCUGGACGAGUUUCGCACCUCGGCGUUUGCCAACCUGUCGCAGUUGUGCCGUCUGUUGGCGUACCAGGUGCACAGCUUCUUUCAGGAACUGCUGCAGCUCAUCGAUGCCGAGCUGAGCACUGGUCGCUAUCUGCCUGCCAAACGAGGAGCCUUGCUUGUGCUCGCCGAGCUAUUGGCCGGCAUGGAAAGCCUGUUGGACUACCAAGAGAUGCUGCUGCCCAUUUAUCGACUGCUCCGCGCAAUCGAAGCAGCCGAAUCCUGUGAUUGUCAAAUGCGUCAGCAUGCUGCCAACGGUCUGAAAACGCUGAAUGAAAAGUGUCGACAACUCUUGAGUACCGAACCCGUGGAGCAACUGCAGCAUGAGAUUAAAGUGCUGGGCAUUAAGGAACCAGUUGCCACCAAGAAGCGACACAUUCUUGAACUAAACUGAGAAAGUACAAAGCUUAACAAAUAUACAUAAUUUUAUAUUAAA